AAUCGAAUCGACCUGAACUGCUUCUUCACAUUUUUUUCUGGUGGUUCCGCAACGUGUCCCAACUCUGAAGCCCGCUUCCUCUUAAUUACUCUAUUAUUCUUUCUCCUCCUCAGAACCUCAAACACCGAAACCAAGCAUUACAAUUCCCAAUUUCAUAGAAACACCAGAAUCAAUAAAAACACAUAACAACAAAAGCAGUGAAAAAUGGCGAGCUCGGUGGAGAAGGAGAGUGGCGCGAGCGAGGAAACUUUCUCUUUGGAGCUGCCUGCUCCACCAGGUUGGAAGAAGCAGUUCAUCCCAAAGAAAGCUGGUACCCCAAAGAAAAAUGAGAUUGUGUUCACUGCACCAACAGGAGAGGAGAUCAAUAACAGGAAACAGCUGGAAAAAUAUUUGAAAGCACACCCUGGUGGUCCAGCUGUAUCAGAAUUUGACUGGGGCACUGGUGAGACCCCAAGAAGAUCUACAAGAAUCAGUGAGAAGGCAAAGGCAACUCCUCCAACAGAAAGCGAGCCCCCAAAGAAACGUACUAAAAGAUCGUCAGCUUCACAAAAGGAAACUUCCCAGGAAGAAAAAGAAGAGGAGACAAAGGAAGCAGAAAUGCAAGAAGUUGAUGACACCACUAAGGAUGAUAAUGAUAUAGAGAAGGAAAAGGAUGUUGUAAUGGAAAAUCAAGAUGGCAAGAGUGUGGAAGAUACAGAUGUCAACAAAUCCACUCAUUCUGGAGAAGCUAAAGCUGGAGAAUAUGUUGAGGUACCUAUUGAAGAGGAAAAAUCCAAUGCUGCUGAUGGAGAACUACCUGCAUUGAAAGAUAAAGUUGAUGACAAAGGAACUGAGGCCUCUGAAGUUUUUCUGAGAAAGGAUGAAGAAAAGAUUGAGCAACCACAGGAAGAGACAAAAGAAUAUCGCAGAACUGGGGUGCCAGAGAAAUCAGAAACAUGCACUACCGCAGACAAAACGGUUGAAGUGGAAGGAGUGAAUAAAGAAGUCAGAAGUACUCGUCAAUUUGAAGUUGGGAUAAUAGAAGGAACAAAAGUGAACAGUGAUCAGAUAAGCAAGAAGGCUGAGGCAGAGUUGACUGUGAAUGGCAAUCUUGGGAGCUGAACUGGUGAGGUCAAAUGCCUGGAGCAGGGAAUAGAUUAAUAAGCUCUCAGCAUCUCUCUUCUCAUUCUGGCCCCUUUAAAUCUGUUUGAAAAUGACUAGUUUUUGUUAAUGUUAUUUAUCUGAUUGUUUAUUAAAACAACAAUAUACAAUUAUAGAGCAUAGCCCUAUCGUGUACCAUCCGUGGGUGUAUUGGACAGACGUGUAGCUUGUUGAUAUCGUAAUAUUAUGUUGUAAGAUAUGUGAUAUGGACCUGUAAUCAUAUCCAGUGAUCCUAUAUAUUCCUGUUUA